GUCAUCUGGCCAAAGGAUUUUUACAAAGAACACUUAGAGAAUUGCAAACCAUUCAAAUGUCAAAAGCUUGGCUUCCCGCUGGUCUUUUGCGUCACCUCUUACGAUCCCAUUGCAAAAUGAAUUCAUAAAGAACUUGAACAAGAAUAUUGAACGCACCGAUUUUAUUUACAAGGCGUUUACGCCUGCAAAUAAUGUGUCACGAUUUUUUUAUCAUCAAGGCAGUUUUUGCUCAUAACACUAGGUAUGUGGAUGUGGCUCCUCGUUGGUGUUUUGGGGGCAUCUCAAUGUCAAACUCGUUUUAUGGCAGAGCCCAUACGUUACAGAAGUACAAGAAUCAGUUCACCCACGGCUAGCAAGACCAAGAUUGGAGAAUUUGCCUUAAAAACCAGUUCUCGUAUUGAAUGCGCAGCGCUUUGCGUCCACUUCAAGACUUGCUCCCGAUUUCUGAGCGAAAGCAAAACAUGCCAUCUCCUAGAACAUUGGCCAUUUUUGGCGGAUGCAUCUGCCAAUUCUUCUCUGGUGACUGUUCACGAGUUGAUAACGGAAGAAUGGUCCCAAUUGAUGGUACUUGGAGGGUUUAUUGAUAAUUUGGGAGCAACCAAAGAUGUGGAGGUGCUUAAUAUGAAAACCAUGAGACAAUGCCCCCAAACACCUUUUUUACCACAGGGCCGAUACGGCGGGGCAAGUUAUCUUCUGAAAGGACAACUAAAUUACGCACUGGGACGAUCAAAUGAUCACAACUUCAGUGAUACUCUUCAAUUCGAUCAAAGCUCCCAGACAUGGAACAAGGUCAAUUUAACACCCUUAAUCUCGCUCUACACUGCCUUGGUCCAAAUAAGUCCAUCUUGGAUCAUUUUGAUCGGGGGACAGGAGUCAUCUGCCUCAACCAUUAUUCACGCCGAUGGUUCGAUCAUCCCGGGACCAAAUUUACCUUUCCAGAUGAUGAGACAUUGCGCUGUUGGUCUGAAUGAAGAGCAUAUCUUCAUCGCCGGAGGAUUCAAAAACGGCAUCAGUCCAUCAAGAGAGACUUUUGAACUCAAGUGGUCCGAACAGAUUUGGGUUCCGCAAUCUCCUAUGACGAGUGCUCAAUCUUCGGUGACAUGUGACACUUUUUUGGACAAGGAUAAUCGCUUGAGCAUUCUGGUUGGUCAGGAAUCAUUUGAGAUCUUCAUUUGGACAACCCGGACCUGGCGGCCUGGGCCGGAUAUGUUGCUUGAUUGUACGUGGAGCCAACUAAUCAGAUUUGAUGGUAUGCUUUAUCUUUUUGGCGGCAAGAGAGUGGAUAACUCAAUCAGGAAAACAAACAUCUACUCAUUUGACGCAACCCUGGAAAAAUGGAACAAGAUCGCGUUGGAACUGAAAACCGGACGAACCAGUUUUGGCCUACUCAGGAUUCCAUCUGGAUUGGUUGAAUGUUGAAAUUUCGGUUUUUAUUAAUGCUUUGACGACAUAGGAGACGAUUAAAGCACUUUCUUUUCCAAUUAGCGCGGCACUCCCUUUGAGGAGUUUAAGAAGUUAUUUCAUACGAGGCACAAUGGACGUUGGGUGGUUCCCUGAACAUUUUAUUGUUUAUUGAGGCCACUAUAACACACUACCGAGAUACAUUUGAAAUGGUCAUAGUAGUUGGAG